CACUGCGUGACCAGAGUGGGACGAGUGUAUCCGGCCACGUCACUCGUACCGUUUCUGCUUGUCGACGGUAUCCUCAAGGAGAUGACCAACUUGUUGAAACGCUGGUUCCAAUCUCCGCCGCCAUCACUUCCGACACGCACUGCUAUCUCUAGUCGAAUGCCGCCACAGUCGAAGGAAGCGCCAACGUUGGGUCACUUACUCCACGAGAUGUAAGUGCAGCGCACUAUCGCAUCGAUGCGCUGGGCGUUCAACCGCGACGGUCUACUUUUCGUGUCGGAGCGGGCCGUCUACUGCCUCAGUAUCUCAGGUGUCACCGUUCCUGUCCUAUCUCAGCCGUGCCUCACAUACAAGACGAGAGCUCCAUGAUGCUCAAUUGCACCGAACAGCACGAUAACUCUGAAGCAAGGAGCUGCUAAGCACCGCCUCCAUUUCAAGAGUCUUCGGACAGACGUGGGUCGGCCGCCGACUCGGCGGACACCAACAACCGGCGCGAGUGUGACGGCUUCUGCUCAUUCUACAAUCUGCUCUGAUCUACACAGCUCCUACCAUGAACGCCAAGACCAUCUUCGCUGUUGCCGCCGCCGCCUUUGUGGGCUCCGCCGCUGCCGAUACCUGCUCGUCAACGCAGCAGACGUCCGCGUACACGACGCUGGCGAGCCUACUGACUCUGGACUCGUUCCAGGGCUGUGUUGACGACUCGGGCUACAGCCUCCUGUACUCGACCUCGCUGCCCACGGACGCCGAAUACGUGGAGAUGUGUGCAUCAACGAACUGCCAGUCUCUCAUCGAGUCUAUCAUCUCACUGAGCCCGCCAGACUGCACCCUGACUGUGCCCACGAGCGGUCUGGAGGUGAAUGUUUAUGAGUUGGCCAACGGAUUCUCCAGCGUUUGCUCUUCUCUAUCAUCGUCGAGCACGACGUCUACCACGACGGACACGACCACCACGACCACUACGACCUCGACUGCGACGACUGCUACGGCCACCACGGCCCCUACUGCGACGACUGCUACGGCCACCACCACCACUACGGCGACCGAGGCCCCUACCGCUACCGAGGCGUCGUCAACCAACACGACGACCACAACCACCACGACUGCCACCGCGUGCUAAAUGCUAUGGUUUUCACAAGACCUAUUCUUCUGGCGCAUCUAGUCUAAAGAAGAAUAUACAAUGCCAAACUUUCUUGCGUUAAAGGCCUUACUUCCGAGUGAUAAUGUUCAAGAUUGUACAGAUUUUGUAGAAUGUCAGC